UCGCUCAUCCGCGUUCCUAUUGGUCCGCUGUAAAGCCUUGCGGAUGGCCUGGUUUUUGAUUGGCUGUCGUCACCAGGACCCGCCUCCCAUAAAACCAGACCAUAUUAAAUAAAUCGACAUUUAGCUCUGCAUCUCCAGGAGCUCCUUCAAAUCGCGUUAAACGAUGGCAAACCCCAAAGUUUUCUUUGACGUCACUAUUGAUGGCGCGAGCGCCGGCAGGAUUAUAAUGGAGAAAACUUCAGAGCACUGUGCACCGGAGAAAAAGGAUUUGGUUUCAAAGGCUCCUCGUUCCACCGUAUCAUACCCAAGUUCAUGUGCCAGGGUGGAGACUUUACCAACCACGAUGGAACCGGGGGUCGAUCCAUCUACGGAGAGACGUUCCCUGAUGAGAACUUCCAGUUGAAGCACAAAGGAAUGGGAACUCUGUCCAUGGCCAACGCCGGACGCAACACCAAUGGGUCCCAGUUCUUCAUCUGCACGGCCUCCACUGACUGGCUGAACGGGAAGCACGUGGUGUUCGGCAGCGUCGUGGAGGGAAUAGACGUGGUCAAAGCGAUGGAGAAACACGGCACAAAGAGCGGCUCUCCUAAAGCCAAGGUGGUCAUUGAAGACUGCGGAGAGCUGAAGUAGAGCAGAAAAAGACCCUCUUCUAACUCCUGCGUUUGAUAUUUGUUCUGUGUCAGUUGUACUAUUGCUUAAUUGGGGUGGGGGGAUUAUGCAAGAUUAUUAUUACCUGUUUUCUCACAGGUUAAGCAUUUGUGUAAAGCCAUCAUUUUAUUUUAAGCAUGUGUGUUUCUCUGCUAGAGGGGGGAGAUGUGGUGAUAAAUAGGCUUCCGUAGUGCACUGUAUUCAUGAGCAUGCGCUGUACGUCCAGGCACGUGUGUUGAAUAAAGCUGAGUUCUAACAGAGAA